AUGAGGGGGCCGAAGCGGCCGCUCGGCGUGGUGACGUCGUGGGUGCGGCGGCAGCCGCCCAAGGUGAAGGCCUUCCUGGCCGUUGUCACCGGCAUGGCCGCGCUCGUCUUCAUCCGCUUCAUCGUCCACGACCACGACAACCUCUUCGCCGCUGCCGAGGCUGCGCACGCGCUCGGCAUAGGCGUCCUCAUCUACAAGCUCACCAAGGAGAAGACCUGCGCCGGACUGUCCCUCAAGUCUCAGGAUUUAACUGCGUUAUUUCUAGCUGUUAGACUGUACUGCAGCUUUGUCAUGGAGUAUGACAUCCAUACGAUUCUGGACACUGCUACACUUCUAGCCACACUGUUUGUUAUUUAUAUGAUACGGUUCAAACUGAGGUCAACUUAUAUGGUGGACAAGGAUAACUUUGCAUUGUACUAUGUGGUGCUACCAUGUGCUGGACUGGCACUACUUAUUCAUCCUUCAACAUCUCAUAACAUUGUGAAUCGGAUCUCCUGGGCGUUCUGUGUUUAUUUGGAAGCUGUUUCAGUGCUGCCACAGUUACGCCUGAUGCAAAAUACUAAGAUUGUUGAACCGUUUACAGCUCACUAUGUAUUUGCAUUGGGGGUUGCAAGGUUUCUUAGCUGCGCCCACUGGGUUCUACAGGUUUUGGACACGCGUGGCCGUCUGUUGACAGCUCUCGGCUAUGGUUUGUGGCCGUCUAUGGUGCUUUUAUCAGAAAUCGUGCAGACAUUCAUCCUUGCAGAUUUCUGCUACUACUAUGUGAAGAGGCAAAUUGAUCUUGAUCUAUGCAGAACUAGCCAUGUGAAAAUCGUGGGACCAAGGCCUAUCAGGUCGUAUUCACUUGACAUUGGGAUUAUCAGGAGUAGGGGACUAGGGGUUCCUUUCUGGUCCAUUACUAAUCUUUAG